GCCGGAAGUUGGUGUGCCGUGCCGCGGCUGACGUCCAGCCGUGCCGAAGCGCGCGGGGUGCUCCUGCAGGCAUGGAAGCACGGGAGCUGCUGCAGGAGCUGUGCGGCUCGCUGCGCGCGGUGCUGGCACGGGUCAGAGAGGGCGAACCGGGCGAAGGCCGUGAGCCGUUCGAGCCUCCGCGGUUCUGGGACGCGCUAGGUCAAGCAUUCAAGGCAACAUCACAGGAAGCUACAAAGCUUAGUCUAGCAUUCUCGAGGCCUCCGCUGCCUUCUGCAGAGAAUUGUCAAAAGCUGAGUGAAGAUGUCCAAAAUGCCAUUCUUGCAGUUGCCACAGUGUACUACUGGCUCCCCAAGGGCCAAGGUACUACACUUCGGAAGAUGGUACGAGAUGCUACCACUGAAGUAUUGGAGGGAAUGAUCCAGCUCACAGAAACAAUUCUUAUUUCUCCAUUGGGGAGCUCAUCUCAGGAGCAACUUAUAUCAACUGGUGGCGUGUGGGAGGCAUGUGAGCAAGUGUCCAGCCUGCCACGAGAUAACCAGGCAGCAGUUGUGUCAGCUCUGUCUGCAUUUCUAGGUGUGGUCAAGGAUGCUGUGGAAGAGAUGGAAAAUGCUCUGGUGGAAGAACGAGACCCCUACAGUGAUAUCAUAGAAGACGAGGAGCUCGGCUUUCGGGGUAACAGAGAUACCUAUUGGUCAGAAGCUGACCGGAAGUUGCUUGGCUCCUGCAUGGGAUUAAUGAAGGCUUCUAAAGCUUGCCUAAAGAAGGUCUUGAGUGUAGUGAAGGCUUAUGGGAAAGCUGACUCUCCAGAGCAGAUUGCUCAGCUGGAUGACCUUGCAGACAUUGCUAAUGAGAUCAGUCCAAGCGUUGAUGAGCUGGCACUGAGCAUGUACCCACCUAUGAACCAUCUGGCCGUGCGACUCAAUGCUGCUAAAUUGGCCUCAGUAUUAAAGAAAGUCUUAGAGAUUACAAAGACAAGCCAUGUAUGUCCACCAUCAGAAGAAGGCUGGGUGCAGUUUCUAACAGGUGCAGUAGAUCACAACAUGGACAAAAUCAAGAACUUCACACAGGGUGAACUUUAGCUCUUCUGUGUCCGCAUGUGUUACUGCCACUAGCUCUGAUAUGUGCUUUUCCAGUGAAUCUGGACAUUCUCCAGCUACAGGGAGAAUUAUGAGGACAGUGUUUUUAAGAGGGAACUUUACUGCUGCCUGGCAAAACUUGCCCAGAAAAUCCCUCUUUGCAGUUGCAGAAGAUGUCGUUUUGCUUGGACUCUUGGAUGGUGUAGUGCUUCAUUUUAAUGCUGUGAAUAUGUUCUGUUUCUCAGACAUUACAGCUACUGUGGGGUUCAGAGAACAAUAAAAUAUUGCUAGAUUUGUGUCGUUA